UCGCGUCUAACUCUACUCAUAAGUGGAAAUUGUUAAAUACAAGCUUCUCGUGCGAUGGGAAGCGAGCUCACUAGCUUCGCAUAGAUGGGCGUUCUGUCCUGGGCUGGGGCUGGGGCCGGGCCCGGGCCAGGCACAGACCGACACAGCUGCUAGCUAGUUACUGUGGCUAACGUACAUUAGCAUCAAAGCUUGCCAGUUCUGUCUUGUAAACGCCACUUUUACUGCGUACUCAGCUGAUCACUGUGGUUAACGUUGAUGUGUGGCGUUAUUGUUCAAUUCGAUGUAGAAAUAUGUUUUUCAUGGUUGUGUUUAGCUGGUGGGAACAGCGCAUGCUAGCAUUGCUAGCUAACCCAGCUGGUUAUGUAUUUUCAGAUAUUAGUUAGCUAGUAGUAGCUAGCUAUCUUGCUGCGCGGAAUACUAGAACAUCCCUUGCGCAGUUGGUCCUUUGCGUCAAGAUCGUCAAGUAGCCAGAGCUACCACACAAGCUUGGAGUUGGUUCAGAAAAUGCCCAGCAUCAUAAUUGUGUCCCUGUCUGCCCAGUGACCCUGAACUCACCUUUUGGUUAAAUGACAGGGCAGAGGCUAGACCUCUGGAUACUUCUCAGGGCCACCAAACCGUCAACCACCAGCCCCCUCUGGCCUCAUCUCAUUCCCCACAUUUUUCUUGGAGAGCCCACAUGCACUGCCAGUUAAAAAAAAUAACCAGAGAUGCCCAAAAGCAGAUGGUGGGCCUACAGGCAAGAGCCUAGCCAUCCCAACAAGGAAGCAGUUAAAUUCAACCCUACUGAUCCCCUCUCAUCUGAAGUAUAGCGACGGCUUCCUGGUUGAGCUCGGAGGUGCGUUUCUCAACCCUCAGUGGAGUGCAUUUGUGUGUCUGUCCUGAGAUGUCAGCAGAGAGGGGCUGCUGAAAGUGUCGUCUGGGGCAUGAGAGAGGGAGCGAGGAAGGGGUGUCACGGCUGAAGCAGUCCACUGCUGCGCCGCCAAUGGAUGCCAAACUGCAAGAGGACCUGUUCCGGAGGUACGUGGUGUGCCUGGAGAGGCGGCUAGAGGACGGAGGGGGGAAUGCGGGCCUUGGGGGAAGCACCUUGGAGGGGGGCAGCGAGGCCCUACUCUCCACGGCCACAGCCCUGCUGGGGGCCUACCAACCAGACCCGGGCCAGAGGUUCCGCAUGGUGCGCUUCUAUGAGGUGGUGGAGAACGCCAUUCGCUGCCUGAGAGGCUGCAGUCUGCAGGGCCUGGAGCGAGCCUUUCUCACCCUGGAGACUGUCUGCACCAACCUGCUGCUCUUCCCCUGGAAGAAAGAGUUCCGCUGCAUCAAGACCUUCACAGGCCCGUACGUCUACCUUCUCCAGUCUGCUGUGUGCGACGCUGAUCUUCGCUCCCUCCUGCGUUCUAUGGGCUACUCCCGCGACCAUGAGCUCCAGUUCCACGUCCGGGACCACCCAGGUGGCCCGGCCCACCUCCGGCAGCUAGCCUUCGAGCUCUUCCUGGCCCAGGCCGAGUGUCGUCUCCUGGGAGAGGUGGUGGCUUUGGCCCGGGGUUCAGCCUCUGAGCUGGAAGCCCUGGAGCAACGGAGGGGCUGCCGGGAUGAUGCAGCCGGCUGUGCCGAGGUCCUCCGACGGCGAGACAGCCUUGGGGCCGACAUCGCCAGGCUCUCAGUGCGACCGAUGGACAUACCUCACCCUCACCAGCUGAGGAGAGGGGGAAGGCCGUCCAAGUCAGUGGAUGUUACGGAUGGAGCUGGGAAUUGGCACGCAGCCUCUAAGCCUGUUCUGAAAGCCUCUCUGAGCCUGAGGAAGGAGCCUCUGUUUGUGGAUGCAGAGGAGGACAUGAAGGAUGAGAUCAUCAGGCCCAGCACCUCCACUUCCAUGUUCUCUGUGACUGACCCACCUUCCUACAGCCCCGUGCCUGACUUCUUCCCUAUUCAAUCCCCACCCUCGGUCGAUGCUUACUCCUCCUACCACCUCUCCUCAUUGGAUGAAAUUGAUCUGUACACAGAGAGGGGUGGGCCUAGGGUUGGAGGUCGACAGACACCUUCCAGACCUCCUUCCAGGGAGCCCCGGGAUGCCAGGGACGGCUGGGCACUCAAAACCCACAGUGGACUCACCUCUCCGGGGAUGAAGUGUCAGGGUUGUGGCCUGGGCUGCUCCAGCCUGGCAUCCUGCCCCAGGUGUGAAAUGAUCCUGUGCCAGGCCUGUCACGACAUCGACCCCUCACCCUGCUGCGGCCUGCAGGACUACCCCAACCCCAAAUCGCCCCGCCCCGUGGAUGGCUACCUUCCCGUCAAGGAGAAGCUGUCAGUCUACUCCAACACCCACUCCCCACACUCCCACAUACACCCUCACCCCCUCACUCCCCCUCACCCCCAGAUGGUGGAGAAACCCCUCAUGGCCACUAAGCUGUUUCCCUGCAAGUCGGUUGCCAUGUCGUCGGCCAUGGUAGCCAAUAGCGACCGAGCAAGCCUGGGGGGGUCGCGGUGCGGGUUCUGUAACAAGCCGGGUGCUUCGCACACCUGCGUGAACUGCUCCAAGGUGUCAUGUGACAUGUGCAUGAGCCUGUACGCUAAAGAUGUGUGCACGCGUAAAAAGCCCCAGCAUAGCUUUGUCCCCAACCACCAGCUCAACUUUAAGUCUGGAACCAUAUCACAUCUGGUCUACCGAUGAGCCAGGAACAACAGGGAGUGGACUCUCUCUAUUCAAUCCUCUCUCUCGUUUCUAUUUCCCUCUCUUACCUGUUCUCUCUUCCUCCUCUCAUUACUUUCUCACUUUUCCCUUAAACUCUCUUUCUUCCCUUCCCUUCUCUAUCAGAUGUAUGACUCCGGAAUACACACAGGAUACAUCAUCAUAGGGAGUCGUAUCUCCUGCCUCUCUCUGCCUUGUAAAAGAUCAGGCUUUUUUUUCAACUGCUUCCUCUUCUUCCUUACCUCACUACCCCGCUCUAGCUUAGUCAUGUGACGUCGUAGCGCUUCCUAACCCCUCAAAUCUAGUCCUCUCCAAGCGAAACGGGAGAAAAAAGCAAGAGCCAUCCGGCUUGUAGAAAAACAAAACACAAAUGCUGACUUAACUUCUCAGCCGAAGAGACUGCCCGGAAAUGUGUCAUAGUCUUCUGGAAUUGGAUUAUGUUCACUGAGGACCCUUUUUUAAACUUGAAAAACCAAUGGGGGGAAAAAAACAACAACCGUAAAUGUACACUGGAAUUCAAUAGUAUAUAUUUUCAAUGGUUAUUCAUUCUGUAGAUCAAUGUAAGACUGUUGGGUGGGGAUGGGUCUGGGGUGAAUGUUUUGGGGGGAUGCUUUAAAGGGAUAUUUUGAGAGACAAUGGUCGGAUUCCAUAAUAGUCUAUUUAAAGAACAAUGCCUUGUACAUUUACCCUCAAAUGUUUAAAGUGUAUAGCUGAGGUUUACCUGCUGCUCUUGAAAUGUUGUUUGACUCCUUACUGGUAGAUAACAUAUUCUUGUAUCAGUUUCUCCAAAUUUGUUCCUCUAUCUAUCCAUAUUCACAACACACCUAACUCCUCAAGCUCAAAGUGCUACUUCACUGAUAAGUCAGUUUCUAUUGGAAAUGGCUGUUUUGAAAGCCAGUUAACUGUAAAGCACUCUGGGAAAUGAAGUCUUAAGCUGGUGACAGUCCCAGAACUAUAAUAAAACUUCACCCAAUCACUCCA